AACCGCAAUCAGUGGGCGGGGUUUAACGUCAGCCGUGGGAGCCUAUAAAGUGUUUCCGGUCGCUGCACGGCUUGAACGCUGCUUCAUGAGUUCCUGCUGAUAUUUGCCAACGAUUGUCACGAACCCCCCCCUCAUCCAGCCAUGAGUUCAUCAAAACCGUACAUUGGCUGUAAAAUAGGGUUGAUUUCCAAAGCUCAAAAUCGCUAUGAAGGGAUUUUGUACACAAUUGACAAGGUGAACUCCACAGUAGUGCUGGCAAAAGUCAGCUGUUUUGGGACGGAGCGACGACCCACUGACCGACCAACACCGCCCAAAGACGACGUCUAUGAGUACAUCACUUUCCGGGGAAGUGAUAUUAAGGACAUCACGCUGUGUGAACCUCCGAGGGCGCACCACGGCCUGCCCCACGAUCCUGCAAUAGUACAGUCAGCCAGUGUAGGUUCGCAAGGUGUGUACUCAACCUUUGGGCCAUUUAGCCCCCUGAGGAUGCCUGCCUACAACCAGCUCGCUGCCAACUCGCUGCUCAACCAGCAGUAUGCUGCAGCCCUCGGCCUCGGGUCAGUGGUUCCUGGUUUACCAGUCAGAAGGGCCCCAAUGGUGGAAAAGGCGAGUCAAACUCUGCAUGCGGACAGACUGCGGCAGAGCGGCGCCUUUUCUGCGUCCCAGGAGCCGCUGCAGCAGUGGGAGAGGAGGCCCCAGAGGCCCAGACGAGAGAGUCCCCAGUACAGAAGGGGCACCAGAGCCAACCGAAAUGUCCUGCUAUUUCAAGUGACGUCCGGCCCCGGUGCACCCAUUGCUCAGCAGGACACUCGGCCGCAGCAUUUUGACAACAGGCCCCCACCGAGAAGACAAGGGGCUCGGCGAAACAGAAACCGCAGCCAAGGUCAGCUGAUGGUGGCUCAGGUUCCAUCUGCCGUCCUCAAGUUUGACACGGACUUUGAUUUUGAUUCUUCGAAUGCCCAGUUUAUCAAAGAGGAGCUGGAGAGGGAGGUGCAGGACAGGAUUAAAGAUGGAAACCCAGAAGUGGACGAGAAGGAAAAGGAGGAAUUGCACUCUACCCCAAAAGAGAAUAACUUUGGCCCCAAAUGCUACUACGACAAAGCAAAGUCAUUCUUUGACAACAUCUCGUCCGAUAACAAGUUCAGACUAACGUGGGCAGAGGAGCGGAAGCGCAACCUGGAGACUUUCGGGGUCCCGGGCCGGUUCCUGAGGGGCCAAGGCUUCAGAGGGGGCUAUGCAGGGCGCAGAGGACGCGGUGCUGCUCGGACGGACUCUCCUCACAGAACCAGGGGGGCCGUGGAGGUCUGAGGUGGAGAGGCUCACAUGAUGGUUGCUGUACCUGAUGGGCCUGAUGCAGUUAAUGAUCAGUACAAGCCGUCCUUUGUCACUUAUGUUGCUUUUUUGUUGUUUGUUUUCCUUCCCUGAGGCAGUUUUCCUGCCCCAUAUUGCCGGGAUUGUAUUUUUUGUUAUUCAGCCCAGUUUUAAAUAUGGAUGCCCG